CACAGCAUAUGUUAACGAUGCAGAUAUAAAUUCGAUGUAUAGUUAUCGAUAUAACUUACUUAUGUGAAUGUGCAAGCAGAUGUUAUGACAAUGGCAACGAUAAACGACAAGACGUGUUUUGUGUUACCGAUUUCCUCGCAGAAUAAUCAUGAGACGUCUCUCCUAAACGAUUGCGACAUUAACAAAAUAUUGGAACGCAAACUCGGUGGCAAUGCUAACUUUCGACUUGUCUACUGGAGAUUGAAUCCUCUUGACGAGUCAAAGGGUUUUCUUGGCCAAUAUUAUCGUCUGCACGUUACGGUAAAAGUGGACGGGAAGACGGAAAGUUUACAAUUCUUUGCGAAAUGUCCGCCGCCGUCUCACAGCCCGCAGGUCGGUUUUCUGGAGAGAUGUGAUACAUAUAAUAAAGAGAUCGGCGUUUAUACGGAUCUGGCGCGGCAAAUGGGCGCAAGCGAAUCGCCGAGAUGGAUGGUAGAGUGUUACCUUUGCAAACCGAACGUCAUCAUCGUUCUGGAGGACGUGUCACUGGAUGGCUACGUCACACCGGACAAAUACGUUCCGUUCGAUGAGGAGCAUUGCGUUUGGCUAUUGAGAUCCCUCGCGAGACUGCACUCAAAGUCUCUUAUACUGGAUGAAAGACUUCGCCAGGAGAGUGGCAGCACCAUCCUCGAUUUUUACGGACACCUUCUGAAGGAAGUAUUCUUAAUCGAGAACGACAAUGUGACGCAAACAUUGAUCGUCUCCAGUAGUAAAAGUCUCUGCGCCAUGGUCGAUAUUACUGAGGAACUCGAUAACGAAGGCAAAGCAAUUGUUAAGCGCCAGAUAAAUAAGUGGUAUCCAAAAAUCACGCAAGUGAUAAAAAUGUUGCGCGGAUACAGACACGUUGCCUGUCACCGCGACGUCUGGGCGAAUAACACGCUGUUCCGAUAUGACGCGGUCGGCAAACCGAACGGUUGUUACCUAGUGGAUUUUCAAUUUCUUUGUUACGCUCCGCCGGCAAUUGACUUCAUGUGCUGCCUGUAUUUGACCACUACUAGAGCUAUCAGAGAUAGGAAUUUGAAUUCUUUUGCGAGGAUCUAUUAUGAUUUCUUUGCUCAAAAUCUGGCAGAAGAGAAUUUUGAUAUAAACAAUCUUCUACCCUGGUCGACAUUUCAGAAAAGUUACACGGAGGCGCGUGACAUAGCCAUUAUUUACGCAGGAUUCAAUCUGCAAAUAAUGUUGCUAUCUAACGAGCAGAUCAAAAGUAUGCUCUACGAGUCAACCGACGAACUCGAAAACAUUUUGUACGGAGACAAACGAGUCGACAUCAUGAUCGAUCAUUACAAGAACAUACCGGCGUUCAAAAUGCGUAUGGUGGAGAUCAUACUCGAGAUGAAAGACCGUUUACCGGAUCGUCCGAAUUUUUAAUUUGCAUAGAAUGUUAACUUACAACACAUACUCGGAUCGGAUAUGCGUUUUAGUGUGUAUCUGCUUUACAAUCAUAUAUCGUAUGAUAAAAAAACUGUCAAUUAACAGGAAAUCAACGCUCCCUUGUUAAGAUUUUAUUUCCAAUUUUUUGGUGAUUGUAAAUACCAGGGAAUUUUGUUUGAUAAUUUUGAAAAGAUUUGCGCGUUUGAUUAAGAAUGAUUUGUCGAGAUGGUAUGCAAAAUGUUCGCCAUUUAUCUUAUGUUAUAUGCGUACAUGAUAUAUUCAUAUUUUAUAAAAAAUUACUAUAAGUUACUGUCAUUUUCGUAUUAUACUAUAUAAAUAAAGCAGUAUAUUUACAUGGCUUUGUAAUUAAACUACAUAUAUCCUUUAAAAAGGGAUCGAGAUAAGAGUAAUGUGAAAAAAAA